AUGACUCCUGUAUUUGGUACCGCUGCUUUCUUUUGUAGGUUGCGGUCCUCGUCUCUGCGACGAUUUUGCCUCAAUCAUCAACGCAGGGCUCGCAGUAGCGGCAGUUCAAUUGGUAUUGCUCAUGAAGUUACUUCACUUCACCCAUAUGGUUGCAGCAACAAUGUUGUUGGUUCUACACGGGUUUGGAAUGAAACGGAGAAUUGGUGCAGUCUUUGCUUGGAGCCACUUAACAGUUGGAGCGAGCACCGCGGGAAGCGCGAUCACAUUUGUUUGGAGAUGUUUUAUAAUGCGAUAACUCAAUACGGGCGCCGCUGGUCACCAUCGACAUUAUGGUGGGAAGUGGAGGAAUGCACUUUGCUGCGUCGCCAUGCUUCUCCGCGACUUGUGUUGGAUGGUGGCGAGGGUUUUUUUAGUGGUUGUAUUUUGGAUUAUGUACGCGACUCAACUGGAAAGAGGGGAGGUCUUAGUCUUUUGAUGGAUUAUUACGAUCGAAUGGAGCAUUACAAGCGGCGUUUGGAGCUCUACGCUUGCAUUCAACAUUUGAUUGACAAUGGUAUCGUGCGCACCGAUCGGGGUUCGCUGGGCGGCGGCGCGUCAUUCCACGGUUCUCUCGUGACAUUCAAGGAAUUAUUUCCAAAUUUAGUAAAUAUGUUUCCAUUUGCGGACGCAAAGGAGAUCUCCGCCUUAACACAAAUGAUAGCCUCGACGUAUAACGGUGAAACGGUAUUCGACUUGUGUAACUUCCAGGGGUUGCUUCCAGCGGGUCAAGGAGGAGGCGAUACAACAGGAGGAAAAGGCAAUACUUCAGGAUGCGGAAACUCGCAGCAGCGACUGGCAUUCAACGCCGAACAAAAGGGAAGUGAAGAUUCGUCCGUUACCGCAUCUGCUGAGGGGGUUUAUUCAUAUCAUUGGAAAGGAAUGUUUUGUCGCGGCGUGAUGGGUCAAUUACGAUGGGCAUUGGAGUGUGAUAGCGUUGCCUGCCCACUGAAACGUGCCGAUGGCUCCAAGCACGUUUGCGACCCCUAUUGGCAAGUUCUUUCGGAAUACACCUGUCGGGCCCUCCUUGCGGAAAUGGUUUUUUGUCGUGUUUCGGAGUAUAUCGUGCGCGUUGAGGGUGUUUGGAGAAAAUGUGGUCAGGAAUUGGCGAACAAACAUGUGUCGCAUGGGAGUCAAAAGGAAGAAGAGGAGAGGGCGCAUCCGCCGCGCACGUCGAAUUGGGGUUACAUACGAUACAUGGGGGAUCAUUUGUAUGAUGACAUGUUUGGGGGAAACUUGCCAAAUGAAGGGGCUCCGAAGAGAUUGUCUUUGAUGAGGUGA